AUGCCUCUAUGGAAGGAAUUGGAGUACUACAUGGAAUACCAGCAGGACCUGAGAGGAUAUCUUGGCAAUGAGAUUGCUAACGAGGUUCUGGGUGAAGCACUCUACCUGUUAAGCAUUGGAACCAAUGAUUUCCUAGAGAACUACUAUAUACUUCCAAAAAGAUCAUUAGAGUUUUCCAUCGAGGGGUACCAGAAUUUUCUAGUAGGUAUUUGUGGAAAUUUCAUCACAGAGCUCUACAAUCUUGGAGCUCGGAAGCUAUCCAUAACUGGGCUUCCUCCAGUGGGGUGUUUACCAUUUGAAAGAACCACAAAUAUCUUGUUUGGGGGUGACUGUAUAGAGGAUUACAAUAAUGUGGCCGAAGAUUUCAAAGAAAAGUUGAAGGGAAUGAUUGCAAAUCUGAACAAGCAGCUUGCUGGAAUCCGACUGGUGCUUUCAAACCCUUACGAUAUUCUCUUAGAAAUGAUUCAGAAUCCAGAAUUUUUUGGUAAGCCUUUUGUUAUUCCUGCAAUCAUAACUGGUUUGACAUUGCAUGAUAUGAAUGACAUAUAG